AUGGAAGUAGAUGAAGAGGACGAGGUCGGCACCGCUCUGGUCGAUGGACAUGAUACUUUGGCAAUCGAAAAUAAACUGGUCAAACCUCGUAGCUGGGCCAGGCCGCCAGUUCAAAAGAUACCAGCAGUCAAUGAUAAAAUAGUGUUUCAGCAGAUCGAUGUGGACUUCUAUGAGGUACUGCACUCGCGGUGGACAGCAUUUGUACGUGAAGUGGACCCAGACAUAAUCACCGGCUACAACAUGCAACAAUUUGACCUGCCCUACUUGACGAGCCGAUGUGAACACUUACAAGUCGAAUCUUUUCCCUUCCUUGGUCGCAUCGUAGACUCGAAAUCAGUCGUAAGAGAGUCAAUGGUGCAGUCAAAACAGAUGGGCCGUUGA